AUGAAUAUCUUAUCGAAGACACCUUCAUUCACUCGCCAAGUAUUCUGUACAAUCAAUCAACAAAUUCGUUUUCUUUCGCAAAAUAAAACAGCAGUUAGUAAUAAUCGACAGCAGUCCGAAUUACGUUUUACUUUACCCAAUGGAAAUCUAUCGAAAGAACAACGACAAGAAUACGAAAAAAAUGGUUUUCUUGUCAUUCGUAAUUUAGUGAAAGCUAAAACGCUCGAUCAUUUCCGUGAACGCUUUCAACAAGUAUGCGUAGGCAUAGUCAAAGUACCAGGCAUGACCGUUAUGAAAGACGUUGCUAUUGCUAAAUCAGAGUUUGCUGAUGGCGAAAAGGCAAUAACAAAAAUACAGGAUUUUACAUUGGAUGAUGAACUGUUUAAAUACUGUUGUGAACCUGAAAUUGUUAAAUAUGUUGAAAAUUUUACCGGACCGAAUAUUAUGGCUAUGCAUACUAUGUUAAUAAAUAAACCACCUGAUCCAGGCACUCAAUCAUCGCGACAUCCACUUCAUCAAGAUCUUUAUUAUUUUCCAUUUCGACCAGCUGAUCGAAUUGUUUGUGCAUGGACAGCAAUGGAAACGAUCAAUCGAGAAAAUGGAUGUCUCGUAGUCAUACCAGGAUCGCACACGGGUGAACUCGAAGUGCACGAGUAUCCGAAAUGGAAGGGCGGGGUAAACAAAAUGUAUCACGGAAUACAAAAGUUCGAUCCAAAUCAAAAAAUGGUACAUCUACAUAUGGAAACAGGUGAUACAGUCUUCUUCCAUCCAUUACUUAUUCAUGGUAGUGGAACGAAUCGAUCAAGUCGAUUUCGAAAAGCUAUUUCGUGCCAUUAUGCCGAUUCUGCAUGUGAAUAUAUUGAAUGUAAGGAUGGUGUACAAGAUUUUAUUUCGAAGGAAGUGACAGAUAUCUUUCGCAAGAAAACAGGAUUGCAAGACGCACAAUUCGAAGAUGUAUGGAGAAUCAAAAGUCGACUUGUAAAAGGUGAACGAAUCAAUCUAUAG